GGUGUGAAGCCGAGGCCCCUAGCCGGUUCGCAGCGCGCCCGCCCUUUCCAUCGGGGGCUCGGCUUCGGCUCGCCCCCAGCGGGCAGCUGUCGAACCCGGAGGAGGAGCUCGAGGACGGCGGCCCGCGUUGCGCAGGCGGGAACAUGGCGGCGGCCUCGGUCUCGGCGGCUUCUGAGUCUCAGUUUUCGAACAUCCUAGUAGAACCAUCAAGGUCUAAUGGAAAUAUGGUUCGUCAUUCUUCAUCUGCAUAUGUAUUAUAUCCACCUGAUAAGCCUUUCCUUAAUAGUGAUCUGCGACGCAGCCCAAAUAAGCCCACACUUGCCUAUCCAGAAAGCAACAGCAGAGCCAUAUUUUCUGCUCUUAAGAAUCUUCAAGAUAAGAUUCGACGCUUGGAACUGGAAAGGAUUCAGGCAGAAGAAAGUGUGAAAACCUUGUCUAGGGAAACAAUUGAAUAUAAGAAAGUACUGGAUGAACAGAUACAAGAGAGAGAGAAUUCAAAGAAUAAAGAAUCAAAGCACAAUCAAGAACUGACAUCCCAGUUGUUAGCUGCAGAAAAUAAAUGUAAUCUUUUAGAAAAACAGUUGGAGUACAUGCGAAAUAUGAUAAAGCAUGCAGAAAUGGAAAGGACAUCUGUCUUAGAAAAGCAGGUUUCCCUAGAAAGAGAACGGCAACAUGAUCAAACCCACGUUCAGAGCCAGCUAGAGAAACUGGAUCUUCUUGAACAGGAAUACAACAAGCUUACCACAAUGCAGGCUCUUGCAGAAAAAAAAAUGGAAGAGUUGGAAUGUAAACUCCGUGAAGAAGAGAAGGAAAGGAAGCGUAUGCAGGCUCAGGCAGCAGAGCUGCAGACUGGUCUAGAAGCAAACAGACUUAUUUUUGAAGAUAAGACAGUUUCUUCGUAUGUUCCAACCAGCAGUAGAAAAAUUAAAAAAAAAAAGUCAAAACCGCCAGAAAAGAAAGGUUCUAAGAACUAUUUCGGUGCACAGCCACAUUACAGAUUGUGCUUAGGCGAUAUGCCCUUUGUUGCUGGAAAGUCCACCAGUCCCAGCCAUGCCGUAGUAGCCAAUGUUCAGCAUGUCUUGCAUCUGAUGAAGCACCACAGUAAAGCUUUGUGCAAUGAUCGAGUUGUUAACAGUGUUCCCUUGGCAAAGCAAGCUUGUUCCCGAGGUAACAAGAGUAAGAAGCCAGUGAUACCUCCUUCCAGCAGUGUCAGUGAAGAGCUGUCGGAUGUCUUACAGACACUACAGGAUGAAUUUGGGCAAAUGAGCUUUGAUCACCAGCAGCUUGCUAAACUCAUCCAGGAGUCACCGACUGUGGAAAUGAAAGACAACUUGGAGUGUGAAUUGGAGGCAUUAGUGGGGAGAAUGGAAGCAAAGGCCAACCAGAUAACUAAAGUUCGAAAAUACCAAGCCCAGCUGGAGAAACAAAACAUAGAUAAGCAGAAGAAGGAAUUAAAAGCUAAGAAAAAGACUGUUGAGGAAGAAGGAAACAGCAGCAGUCGCUCAUCUGGAGGCACAAGGACCACAAGUAAGAAGGAUUUUGCCAAACACAGACCUGGAGAAAAAAGCAGGAAAAAUCUUCAGUUACUGAAGGACAUGCAAACCAUACAGAAUUCACUGCAGAGCAGUAAUCUGUGUUGGGAUUACUGACACCAGAUCAUAAAUGAUGUACCUUACUGGAUAAAAUUUCCAGGUUUCAUGCUUGCUAAUGUUGCCACUACUAGCAGGGAUUAAGGGGCCCAAGCUUCAUUAUAAUCUCUUGUGUUCUGCAGCACAACUAAAUGGAAAUGGAGUUUUACAGCCUGAGAAGCUAUGCUAUUUCUAUACCCUCUAUACUAUACUGCACUUUGUAAACAGAUGACCAGUUUUUUACCCGUGGGUGUGUUUUUUAAGUAGGAAUAUAUGUAAAUUGGGUUUGAAAAUUUAGAAUAUGAGGCUUUCCCCAGAGUCAGUGCUUGAAAAGUCUCGUUUUUAAAAUCUUCCCAUGGCAUGAAGUGACCACUACCUUUCCCUUCUCCAGAUACCAUUAAAUGUACUGUUUCAACUACUGAUAGAGGUUUUCUGUAUUUAAAUAUUUAUUUAUUUAAGAGGACUUUGUUUUGUUCUACUUUUUGGUAUUUCAGAUGUUGACUCUUAAAGACCAAAACAUUUUAAGUAAGUUACUCAUGAAAUAUAUAACAUCUUCAUGAAACAGUUGUUAAUGAAAUAAAUGAAAUAUUGGAGUAAAGAACUAGGAGGGGAUGUUAUGAAAUGUACAUGGCUGCAGUUUUUAGACAAUACCUAUUUGUAAUCAUGUUAUUCAGUUAAGCACUGGCUUUUAAUCUUGACUCUUAGAGAAUCCCAUUGCUUUUAGCAUAUACAAUAAAGGGUAGUGUGUGAACUGAACACACACAACUAUCAUUAUGUCAAUGUAAAUUAUACUUUUGAAUAGAUCGACAUGUUAAACUUUAUAAAUUUGGUACUGAAAUCAAUAAAGCAAUUUUUAAACUUCACUUAGUAGCCAGCUAACAAAAGUGUCAUUUGUUGUCCAAUCUCAAGAGUGCAUAUUAGUAUCCUGAUCGAGAAACAGUAUUUAGUGCAUGUUUGUCAUUCUCCUGCUUCCACUUAAGCCCAGUAUGACUGACUGAUUUAUUAGACAGGCUGGUGAACACGCUAGCCAUAUACUAAAGGAACUCAAGUGGAGGUUAUGGAUUAUAGCUUAAAAACAUGCACUAUUCAUGCUACAAUUUUCUAGUUAAAAUUCUCAGAGUCAUUACAUAGAUUGAGAUUUAUAAAUCUGAAAUUGUAUAUAAACUUUACUUGUGUGUGCAAUUUUCUGACAAGCAGGUUUGCAGCAACAAUGAAUGACAACAGUGAGUCCAUAGACCCCAGGAAGGUGAGCAACUGCUCUGAUGACAUGGGAAAUUACAUCUCAACACCACUUCAACUGCUCCACUUAUGUCAAUUCAUGUUUGAAUAUCAGGACAUUAAAUAAUUGUCAUUUGAGUGGUAAUGGCUCCAACUCCUGAUUAAA